AUUGAGCAAUUGGAACGAUACUCAUUUGUUUAUGCUACUGUUGUAUGAGCAAAAGUGCCUUGUGCAUCUGCCAACAGUGGCUUCAAAUGACAAUAAGUCCUGAUGUCACAGGGCACUCCCCAAAAACAACCGCUGUUCCACGGCUAUUCCGUGCUUUCCACCUUCUUCGCAUUUACAGUUAAAGUCGAGCCACAGAGUCUGCAGUUGCGAUGCCAAAACGACAAGCGGCGCCCUUUGGCGCAGUUUUGGCCCACUACUCCGCACUGCCUCAGCCCCCAGACCACCCCGGAGGUGCUCUACACGGACUGUUCAUCAACAAGUAAGUGGCACAAGAGCAAAUCGGGCAAAACAUAUCAAAUCAUCGCUGAAACUGGCCUGGAAACUGGGACCCACACUGGCUACCGGCCACACCAUCGACCUAAAGCAAGCCGAUCAGUCAAUGUGGUGCCUGGUUUCGGUGGAGCCGGCGCUGCCCUGGCCAAUCACGCAGAUGUCGCAAAGACGUGCCUGCAUCCCCCCAACUAUGACAGACUGCCCGAACGUACCCCUGCCGGUGUCCAGCAAGAAUAUCCGUGCCCAGCUUCCUGGGCGAACUCGCAGAAGCCUCGCAACAUUGCUGUGCAUGCCUUGAAGGCGAGGCGUCUGCUCUUCUCGACAGAUUUCGGCAGCCAUCAGACCAUCAUUCGGGCCCGAGUCGAUGGCAAUGAGGGUGUGGAGCUGGAAGGAGUCACGGCGCUGGCCCUGGACCAACAGUCCGAAGAAGUUAUAGACAUCAAUGGAAAGAACAAAAAAACCAUUGCUUCCAUGCAUAUCCCGCAGGUGAACAACAUUGCCACCUAGGGGGAUUUGUGUACUGGCUGGACAACAAGACCGGACUGGAGAGGAUCACUGUCAACGGAGAGCGUUGUUCCGUGGAGAUGCAUCGUCUGUCGCAGUUCACCGACAUCCGGGCCGUGUGGAUGUUUCCACAACUGCAUAGCCAGCGGGGUGACACGCAGUACUCACGACGUUUGCUCGUGCCCCAAGCAUCUGAUGCUACUGGAGGACAAGGAGAACUACAGCGUGUAUCCGGCCAGAUCAUUUUAAGUGGCGGGAGUAGUGACAUGAGCAACGACUGUACACCGCCUUCUGGCGCUGUGACGAAAGGACUGCCCGGCGAAUUCAGCUGACAGUCAGCCGAGGGCAGCGACAAGGCACUGAUCUGCGACGGUACCACCUGUGACAACUGUGAAAUGUCCACGAUGAGGCCGACUGCUGCAAGCGGCCAGGAGACCUUGCCAUCAACAAAGUGAUUGGAAAGGCACGAUAUCUGCCCAAUUCUUAAACUUACAAUAUCCUACUCCACCUUCCCACAGCUUUGCAUCGGCCGCCCUGCUCUGCGAUGGCUGGCAGGACUGCGCCGGUGGUUCAGACGAUUUGUUCGGCGCAUGACCUUGCCUCUGAUAUUCUUGCGCUCCGGCAAGAGCCGCACCGAGCCAAUGUAUCGAGCUCUAAUGGCUUCAUCGAAGAAGUCAAAUAAAGCUGAAAGCACGCCGUCAAGCACUCCCUUUUAAAGACCUUAAAAAUGCAACAGAGAACCUUCCGGAUAUUGCAUUUGAGGUGCAACGCGAAGAAGCUGCGGAUGAAGAUGGAGCGAAAAGACUCUGGACAAGUGUGCUUGGUUACCACUACCACAAUGCCUUCUAUAAGGAAAAAUGUGUAGUUGGCGUGUAUUAACAUGUAAAGAAAUGAAUUAAGUGGAAAUUGUUUUGGCCUAAACCUUAUUUUAUGGGCAAUACGAUAAAGAUGAGAACUUAAACUUAGUCAGUCCUUUAGGAAAUUGAUGAAAUAAUCGAAUGAAAUUUUGAGUUCAGAGCUCAGCUAGCUAGGAAAAUUCAACGGAAUAUCAAACUUGUCAGUAUCUGUUUAAAAGGUACUUCAGAGACCAAGAAUUUAUAUCGGGAUCAGGCUAUAUGUACAGAAAAAUAAUCAAAUGCAUAAAUAUGUCUAAAGCAUAUCAAUCUGAGAACAUGUAUUUAUUAAUUACGUUUUAAAAACAGUUUGAACAAUAUCUUCAUAUUAAAUUAACGAAAUAGGGU